AUAGUUUGCAGGAACAAUUACGCAAUACGCCAAUAACAUUUAUUUAAUAUGAAUUUUAACAAUGGCUUUAUAAAAAAAAUAUAUUCAAUUUAUUUCUUUAAAGCAAUUUGAACAGAGAAGGAAGAUGCGAUGUACAAUUUGAUAUUCUUAAAUUAUAGCAUUUUAUAAACUUCACAAAUUGCAAGAAUAAUUAUCAGAGUGCAUCGAGUUUGAGUCAAAACACAAAAAAGCAUGGAUUUGCUGGGGUCAAUUUUAGGGUCUAUGGAAAAGCCUCCAACAAUAGAUGAUAAAGAAAAGAAAAGAGCUAAAGCACAAAAAGCUCUUGUUGAGAAACAACAAUUAAAGGAGAAGCAAAAGUUGGAUGAAUUUCGAGAAAAGAUGCAGAAGAGGAUACAUGAGUUUAUUAAAGAUGCCGCACAGCCAAAGUUAAAGUUUGAACCGAUGGAAAAAGUCUUCCGAGCCUUGAUACAUGAUAUUGCGGAUGUUGCUGGUCUCACAUCAUUUUCUUUUGGUAUAGAAGAAGAAGAUCGAUAUGUUAUGAUUUGGAAAAAGGAAUUCUGUCCCGGUGACGAUGAACUGAAUGCAUAUAAGCGUGGGGAAGCGUGGGACCCAGAAAAAGCUAAAGAGGCUGCCAGACAGAAGGAACUGGAUGACCGACUCGAUGCGGAACAGAAGAAUGCAGGAACGGCGGUGCCUGCAUCAAACUACCGCGACAAAUACAAACAUCUUAUAGGGGAGGAUGCCGCCAAGGAUGCCGCCAAGAACAUGAAAGCUAAUAAAUCUUACGGGUUUGUUCCAAGUGACAACAAACGUGAUCAGAGAACGAUAGAGCAGGUUCUUAACGACACGAGAGCAAAGAAGAAGUUGAAGACAGAGCACCGCAGUGAUUCGUCCAAGCCACCAGACACUGAAGAUACCACCGACCAAUCAUGAUGACUGUUAUUAAUGCUGUAACAAGUCACUGGCCAAUCACAGUUCCUGUAUUAGAUGUACUGGCCAAUCAGAGAUCACAAAUUGAGCGUACUGUUCAGUCAGUCAAUGAAGGCUACGAAGCAUGUUAAAUAAGUGAAUGUUUUGUUGGUUCUUUCUCAAAUUUAUGGAGUGUGAGAUUUUAAGGGUGUGUUCUUCAUAUUUUUCUGCACUUCAAUAUUUUCUUGGUGGUCCUGAUAUUUAUGGAAGUUCAAGACCGCUUUUAAAGUACCUUUUUGGGGAAAUUAAUGCUAUUUUUAGGGGUGCAAAAAGCACUUGUCUGCUUUCCAAAUGUAAGUAAAAAUUCCGACUGAUAAAUUAAACACUAUAACAAGGCAGCUAUUUUUUUGUCAUUUAGCUUUGUUUUACAUUUAAAUUCUUUCUCAAUAUACUUUAUUGCUCUUUUUUCACAGGAUGGGAUACAGCUCAGUGGUACAGUGCUCGCUUGAUGCACAGUCGGUCUAGGAUCGAUCUCUGUUGGUGGGGACCCAUUGAGCUAUUUCUUGUUCCAGCCAGUGCUCCACAACUGGUUUAACAAAGGCUGUGGU